GGAGCUCAGUCUGGAAGAAGUCACCGGUGGAAGAGGCAAGUCAGGAGGAGAAGAGUGAGGCUGCGGAUCAGCACCAGAUCCCAAGAGAGGGAUCAGUGUGGAAACUGAUCAGAUCACUCAGGGGAACUUACCACUUAAUUGCACAACUAGUAGUCUGUGCCUAAGGAUCACUAUAGAAGAGAUCACUGCUACUUAUGGGAAAAUGCCUGCUUACUGCUGUGCUAAUGCUGCACAAAUGAAAAGAAGAGGUUCCUUUGCCUGCAAGUGGCCAGGGCUGUAACCCAUUCCUUCUUUUGUUUGUUAUAUCACUUCUAAAGCGCAGGGGGAAGGAAAUCUGAGACCUACAAAAACGUUUUCUAAUUCGUUGGGAUCUACUCUAGGCAGGAUCUAGGGAUCUUAGCUAUGGCUCUUUCUCAGAUUCAGUGUCUGGACAAUAACAAUGUGAACUGGAGAUCCAGUGAGUCCAAACCAGAAUUUUUUUAUAGUGAGGAGCAGAGGCUUGCGUUGGAAGCCCUGGUGUCCACGGGACAAGAUUCUUUCUAUGAAGUCAUUAAAAAGGAGAAUAUCAGGGACUUCCUAUCUGAGCUGGAACUCAGCAGGAUAACUGGCACUGUGGAACCUUUUGACCCAGACUCUGGUCAUCAUUCUAAGAUCUCAGUGGAAAAGAGUGAGAAGGAAGAAGACGACACCUCAGAAGAUAAUGUGGGUCAUUCUUUGGAAUACUGGCCAGAUAAGUCAGACUGUUCCAUCCCAGAUCUGGACUUGGGUUGGCCGGACACUGUGGCUUACAGAGGUGUAACUAGGGCUACAGUCUACAUGCAGCCACCUUUAGAUGGCCAGCCCCAUAUUAAGGAGGUGGUCAGGAAAAUGAUCACCCAAGCACAGAAGGUGAUAGCUAUAGUGAUGGACUUGUUUACUGAUCUGGAUAUCUUAAAGGACAUCCUUGAAGCUGGCUUUAAAAAGAAGGUCUCUGUUUACAUCAUUCUCAAUGAGCACAAUGUGAAAUACUUUCUGCAGAUGUGUGAGCGCGCUCAGAUGCACAAAGGACACCUCAAGAACCUCCGAGUUCGAACUGUUGGAGGCUCAGAAUUCUACACCCGAUAUUCAACCAAGUUCAAAGGUACUCUGGGACAGAAGUUUAUGUUUGUGGAUGGAGAUAAAGCCGUUUGUGGCUCCUACAGCUUCACAUGGUCAGCCGCAAGAAUAGAUCGUAAUCUUGUCACUGUAUUGACUGGUCAAGUUGUGGAAAGUUUUGAUCACCAAUUCCAAGAGCUUUAUCUGUUAUCCAAGGGAGUUAGUCUGAAGGAUAUCUCAAUAGACGAUGAACCAGAACCUGAACCUGUAGCACAACCAGUAGUCAUUCCUACUGGACCCUCUGAAGCAAUUGCCAGGAAACUCAUUAACCCCAAAUAUGCACUGGUAAAAGUAAAGAGUUCUAGUGACUUGGGUGCAGCCUCAGCAGGCUCAAAACCAGAAAACAAUGCUCCAAAUGGUAUGAAGAUUAAAAAAGCUAAAGUCAUUUUGGAACAGCCAUUUAACGAAUUUCAAAUUCACCCUGCGCUCCAGGGCAUGGAAAGAGCCAACAUGUUCGACUACCUACCCACUUGGGUAGAGCCAGACCCAGAACCGGGAAGUGAUAUUUUGGGAUAUAUUAAUAUAGUUGAUCCCAAGAACAGAAAUGCCCAACUAUCUCAGAUGAACCGGAUCAAGAUUUGUGAUACGUCUCAUGCUACUACCCAGUUGUUGCUACAGAACAUGGCACAAGAUGCCAAGCAGGAAAAAAAACAGAGUUCUGAGAAUGGUCAAGUGGAAAGUUCUUCCCAUGUUAAUAAAGAAGAGAAGAAUUGUGAAAACCCAACACCUGUACACAACAAAAGUAAAAUAACUACAUCAAGGCAAGCUAGCAAAGAGGAUAGAUCUUCAUCCCAAUCCUGUAAAAAGGAAUCAAGCCAUAAUGAGGACUCAAUGAAUGAACAUCACAUAGCAGAAAAAACAGAGUCUACUAAAGCACCACCAAGAUGUUCAGAGAACAUUGCAGCAUCGGCUGGUAGUCAAGACUGUGUAACAAAUAGUAAUAAACCAGUGGCAGCCAGUGGACCUCCUGUACCAAAACCCAGAACAGUGCCAGUUACAGACUUUAUUAGUAUGAAAAAUACCCUGAAUGAAAAUUGUAAUAAGGAAACUACAUCUAAAGAUGAGAAUACUGUGCCAUCUGUUAAUGGGGUAGAUGCAGAAGGGAGGGAAGUUGAAGACAUUGAUGAACUUCUUAUUAACAGUGAAACUGCUGGCAGUAACCAAGAUGAAGAGGACAUUGAUGGUUUUGAACCAGGCAGACCAGAGUAUUCUACCAGCGGCUCCAGUUCUCGGCCAGAAUCUGUAGCCUCAUCCUUGUCUGAAGAGUACUACCCAACAAAACCCUUGCAGAGGAGGGGUUCUGAUAAUAUUCCAAAUGGGGAGUAUUUUCCUGUGCAGAGAAAGAUGAGUGAUGGCCACAUUAGUAGGGGAAGCUUUGUAAGUCCUUUCAACAUCUCACACUCCAUGAUGGAAAAUGGACAAAGUAGAAACCAUACUCUGGAGGAAGAAAUCAAACGUGCAUUGAACAAGAACCACCAGAUGCAAGGAAACAACCAAAUGUAUUCAAUUGACCCUACCCAGGGGAAAAUGAAUCAUCAUUUUGGCUCUGGAGGUCCCUUGGCUGGCUAUGAGCGGUUUCAGCGUCAGGACAGGUACCCUGGGAAUGGCAGAACCAGGAACGAGGGUGCUGAUAUGCAACAAGGGAUGCACCAAGCUCACAGAAAGACUGAAGGGUCAAUGGGAAGACCCAGUUACUGGAACAUCAAAGACUUUAGUGGCUAUGCCAGUCCGCACACGCCAAGCCCUGCGCCAUCUGACAAUACAACCUCUCCUUUUGGAAUCCCAUAUUCUAAGCUAUCUCAGAGCAAACACCUAAAGACCAAGCUAGGAGCUUCUUCCAUGGACUCAAAGAGAAGAAGCCAUGGGCCCCCAGGACAUAAGGACUUGUAAAUGUAUCCCUAUGGUUCUAGCUUCAGGGUGCUAUGUCUCUAUGUACAACAGAAGUUGACCCCUUCUCUAAAGCUGAGUAACAGCACUGUGGACAACCAGGGACUGAUACACUGAUGAAUGUACACCCAAUAAUUGGGUAAUUCUUUGGUUAACUUUUCUUUCCGAUCACGGAGAGUGCCAGAAACGUGCUGCUAGGCUUUUCCACUCAAGAGGUGUCUUAUGUAUAAGCUUGGUGGGGUUUGGGUAUCUGAGUAUUAUGGCAAUGGUUGACUGACUUAUAAGGCGGAUAUCAUAUCCCUACCAAAGGGAUACAAACAGACAUUAUGCUUUGGAAGCUUUGCACCUAAUGCUGUUUACAGGUCAUUUAUUGAGGAGUUUAAGAUGCAACAAUUUGUUUACUUUGGCUUACGUUUUUGUAUAAACAUUGUACACUGUGGACACCAUUAGAGUAAAUUAAUUUAAUAUUUUAAAAAUAUGGCUCCUGCUCUAUUAAGCUAAUAUAGUGUAAUUAAUGCUAUCUUCCAAUUAAUUUGUUCCUUUUAAAAUGCCAAUUUGGACAUUCAUUGCCUUUGUUACUUUGCUAAUGGUCUCUAUGACUGUCCUGAUGCAGCACUAUUCCUUUGCUGACUCCCCCUCUACAUACAUCAACUUAUCUCACUGACACCAGUUCUGCAUUUCAGUCCUUUCAAUGUCUUCACAACCUACCUGUCCUCACCACUGUAGUCCUUCUCCAUCAUCAUUCCCUCCAGGACAGAACCUACAUCACCCCAAUUCUGUUACUUCUCUCAUUGAAUACAUUUCUCUUCCUCUGUUCACUCACUAAGAGCAUUUCUACACCACCAUGCCCUCACAGAGGGACGGUGAUCUAAAGCUCUCCACUCUGGUGAGAUGAUCGAAUACAUCUCAUCAGUAUGGUAAGGCCCCUUUAAAAAAUUUUAGAAAGGCAAAUUUUUAGCCUUUAGAGCUGUUGAUCUAACUAUGUAGGGAUCUGGAUAUGAAGGAGAGACACAUAUAUUGCAAUAUAAUGCUAAAAAAACAAAGAUGUUCUGUAAUUUCUCUACAUGCUGGAUAGUUUGUAAUCAUCUGGCACUAAAUGCUGUUCUCCCUCACUAUGUAGACUUCUGAAAACUCAAUGUGUCUUUCUCUGCUAACUUGCCUACCACUGUUUCCUCACCUGCCAAGCUCAUCUUCCACUCUUCAUUUGCCCCAUUGGUCUACUCUUUCUCCAUUCCCUCACCUGCCAGCCCUCUUCACCAUGGCUUCUUUACCCAUUGGCUUUCUCAAUUUCUGCUCCAUUAUCUACUCUGUUUUAUCACCUAUUGACCUUCAAUGUCCUGCUCCUCUCCACCCUAAUACUGUCUCUUUACCUUGCAAACAUCUCAUCUCCAUCUUUGGUCUUCUAGAGACAAUCCAUCAACAAUUUCCUUUGCACAAAAGACAUCACUACUCUCUUACAGACCUUUAGCCUUUCUGAUUAUCCAUCACUGCCUCAAUAAUCCACCUUAGCAAAAAGUAACAAGAGAAACUAUAGGCAUUUGCUAUGUGUCAUAUAUAGUGUACUUUUUUCCAUUUAAUGGCUUUCAUAGAAAUAUAUAUUUUUUACAGCAUAUAAGACAGCCUAUCAAGUUUGCCCCUAUUGUUUCUUAUAUCAAAGUUAAAAUAACUCUUAGUAUGGCCUAAUGCAUAUCCCAAGCAUUCCCUUUACACUCUUUCAUUACUACCUCUAUUAAAAGUCCAUUCCAUGAAUAAACCACCAUUAACCUUGUACUAUAUACAGACACAUUAUCUUUUCUCUAAGUGUUUGAUAUUAUAUUGUGUCUAAAUCGCCCCACUAUAAUUCUAUUUUCAUUUUUACUGGUUAAAGGGAUACUGAACCUACAUUUUUUUUAUUUCAGGAUUCAGGUGUAGAGCACCCAAUUUUAAGCAACUUUCUAAUUUAUUCCUAUUAUCAAUCUGUCUUCAUUUUCUUGGAAUCUUUAUUUGAAAAAGCAGGAAUGUACGUUUUGGAGCCGGGCUAUUUUUGUUUUGGCACACUGGGUAGCGCUUGCUGAUUUGUGGCUACAUUUUAGCCACCAAUCAUCAAGCACUACCAAGGUGCUGAACCAAAGAUGGGACGGCUCAUAAGCUUUUUCAAAUAAAGAUAUCAAGAGAACAAAGAAAAAUUGAUAAUUGGAGUAAAUUAGAAAUGUGCUUAAAAUUGCAUGCUCUAUCUGGAUCAUGAAAUAAAAAAAAUUGGGUUUAGUGUCCCUUCAAGCUAAUUUGGCACCAGAGCCAAGUAAACAACCAACAAAUGUUUCCCACUUAAAUCUGCUUCAAAACAAAAAAACGUGUUACUAUAUUUUAAAGCUGCUACACCUUUUACUAUUAAUGUGUUAUAUAUGACUUUGAAAGCCAGUUAAAUUAUGUAAGUGUAUUAAAAAAAAUAUUUUCUGGCUGACUGUAGGAACAUUUAAAACGAUAGCUCAUGAUUCCAGAUCCGCCCUGGUAAUCCUAAACUUUAUGAUCUGAGUUGCAUUCUGGGAGUUUUAAUGAACAAACAUUUGUCAGUUUAUUUACAAUCUGCUAAUUUUACCGUAACCCAGUACGCAUCACUCAGUGAUUAAUGACCUAUGUUGAUGGUGCUUAUCCUUUUAAUGCUUUUUCUGCACUUUAAAGGAUCUAUUGAGUAACUCUCGCUGCCAGAGGGCCCAUAUUAAAACGCAAGGAGUUAUUGUGUGCUGCAGGCCUCUCUGGAAGGAAAAGAAGAGGUUAAUGAUGUGCUUUCAAGCAACUGCCUUACUGUCAUGGAGCUUUAUUGGAGACACCAAAAAGUUAUUCUGGUGGGUAUCUGAGCCAGUUUACAGAAUGCCAAAGCACAUUUGUCUGUCAGACAUAUGUCCGAGAGACUAGAUUCUGAGUGGACGUACAUUUGGUGACAACCGCUUCUGAGAACCUAACCAUGGGUCCCAACCCCCAUGAUGUGCUUUAAACAGUUGGCAGACAGAAUGCGUGAGUAGAAUCAGACACAUUUGGCCGUUGCCGGACUGUUAACCGACGGACAUUUGUCUGUCGGAUUAUUAUCCGUCGCACAAAUGUCAGUCGUCAAAUGUCCGUCGGAUAAAAGUCUGGCCACAAUCUGAUCGAAUCAUACCAGUCAUUUAAUGAAAAAGAAGAAAACAAAACAAUGUAUUUAAGUUUUUGCCAAUGUUACAACCAUUUUUCUAAGCAAUUUUACCUGAUCGGUGCACCAGUACCAUGCAGCAAGAAUAGUUAGGCCGAAAGUCAUUCCAGUCCAGGGGAGAUCACCAGAGACUGGAUCCCUAAAUAAGUGCAUGGCAUCAGGGCGGGGGUAAUGGCAGGUGGUGUUGGCAACAAUUCUUGAUGGUAUAGCUUUGGCGUAAGCUGCUUCCAGAUUUUGGUAGCCCCCAAUCUCGUUAAAUGCUGAGCAGAAAAAAAUUAAAUAAACAAAACUGAAUAUUGUCAUCGACACAAUAGAAAUAUAUUUCAUGCAGCUUUUUCUAAUACAAAAAGUGACUGUCCUACUUCGAAAGCACUUAUGAUUUACCCUCUUUCUUCCCCUAUUUUAAUCUAAUGGAUGUCAUUUGUAUUUUGGCUUUAUUCUAGACAGGGUAAUAAUGCAAUUUGCACACAAAACCAACAUCAUUCCAGAUCUUCCUGUACUUAAGAAAAUGUAUUUUCUAUGUAAAUAAAACAUCUGUUUGAUGUUGUUUUCGUACCUUAACUGUGUACUGUAAAUAAAAUGUGGUAGAAUUACAGAA